AUGGAUGCGAAAGAAAGCUGUAAAGAAGUAGAAAUUGAAUCAGUUGCAUCUACUUUUGAAGCAAACAAAAAUAUUAAUUUUUUUGGCGAAAAUAAUAGAAAUAUGCUUAUAUUAAAUAAUAGCAAUAGAGAAAUUAGGAAUAGCGAUAAAAUGAACAAUGAUAUUAGUAAAAUGAAUGAUACAAAUGAUGACAAAAAUGAUAAUGAUAACAUUAACAAUGUAAAUAAUAUCGAUAAUUAUAAUAAUAUAAAUAGUAAUUAUAAUAUAGAAAAUAUUAAUAUUCGUAAUGAAGUAAAUAUUAUUAAUGACAAUGCUAAUGAUAGUAAUAAUAAUAAUAUAGGUAACGUAAACAACAUUUAUAGCAAUGUUAAUAGCAACACUACUAAUAAUAAUUCUUAUUAUGAGUAUAACGAAAGUUAUUGUGGUGAUUUAGAUACAAGUAACACAAGAGAAAAAUUGUUUAAUAAGCAUUCUAAUAAAAACAUGAACUAUGAUAAUUAUAGUAAAAGUAAUCAAAAUAAUUUUAGUAUUAAUAAAAAUUUUAAAAAUCUUAGAAACAAAUUCAAUCUAUUUAAUAAAAAUUCCAUCAAACAAAAUAAUUUAAAGCAGAAUAUGAACAAAGAAAAUAAUGAAAAUGAAGAUAGUGAAAAGGAGGCUAUUACUAAUAAUAAUUAUCAUGAUGAUUUUUACAAGAGAGAUGCUCCUUUUUCAACAUAUAAUAAUCAAGGACAAAAUAAAAUUAAUUAUAGGAAUUUCCAUGAAAACAGAAAACUAAAAAAUAAUAAUAUAAAUAAUAAUAGUUGCGGUGAUAAUAUGAAUAAUGGUGAUAAUAAUAUAAAUAAUGAAGGAAACAGUAACAUGAGUAUUAAUGAUAAUAAUCAUAGUAUAAAUAAUAACAUUGGAAUUAAUAGAAAUGAUCAAAUUAAUUCAAAUAAUAAUGGUAAUAAUAAUAAUAUUAUUAUUAAUACGGUUAAAAAAAGAAGAAUAGUUAAAUAUGAUAAUUUUUAUAAAAAUAAACAAAAGAAAAGUUACUAUAAAUCAUUUAAUGAUCCCAUAAAAAGAUAUAAUAAUAAUUCACUAAAUUUAAAUGAGAUAAAUAGUAUCAAAAAUGAUUCAUCGAAUUAUAAUAAUAACGACAAACAAAAAUAUCAAAAUUAUUCCAGUAAAAAUUCUAGUAUAAAUUUUAAUCAUCAAAAUAAUGAAGGUAAUAUGAGAAAUUCUUUUAUGAAAGAAAAUUAUAAUACAACUAAAAACUCUAAUAGAAAUAAUAAUAAUUUGAAUUAUAUCUACAAUAAUAUGAAUAAAGGAAAUUUCAAUAAUAUAGCCUUUUCCUUAAACAAAUAUUUUAUCCCCUUUAAAAAUAAUGGUGGAAAAGAUGACAAAAAUGUAAAUAAUGAAAAUAUAAUGAAUAAAAAUAAGCUCAAUAAUAAGAAUAUUAAUUUAAAUAACAAUGAUAUUCUAAAUAAUAAUUUUAAUAAUGUGAAUGAAAAUUGUAAUACUAAUUCUUAUGAUGAUAACUGUAAGGAUAAAAACAAUAAUUAUGAUAAUAUAAAUAAUUAUAAUUACAGUAAUAAAUGUGAUGACUCUAUCAGUGAUAAUAAUGAUAAUUACAAAAAUAAUGUAAGCGGAAUUGAGGAUUUAAAUAAUAACAAUAAUAAUAAUAACACUAGAAACAAUGCACCUAGUAAUUUCAAUAAUUUGAAUUUAGUAACACAAAAUUUCAACAUAGAAUUUUUAAAAAAUUAUAAAAAUAAUUUGGAGCAUGGAUUAAAUGGAGAUAAGAUAAACGGUAAUGAAAAUUAUGUGAAAUAUGAAGAAAAUAAUAUAAAAGAUUAUAAUAAUCAAAAUUAUAUUGAAUGUUUAAGCGAGGUAUCUGAAAUAAGUGAUGAAGAGGAGAAAAAUAUAGAUUUAAAUAAUAAAGAAUCAAAUAAAAUUACUGAUGAACAAGUUAAUAAAAAUAACAAUAAUUGCAAAAAAUGGAAUAUGCACAACCUUCAUUCAGGUGUUACUGCAUCAUCUAUUGAUACAUGUUUCAAUCAGAGCGAUAAUAAUAAAUCUGAGUUAAUGAAUAAUUUAUAUAACUUUUGUAAUUAUAAUAGAAAUAUUAAUACAGAUGAAGAAACGAAUCAUUUUUAUCAUACUACUAAUAAUAAUUCAUAUUAUAAAAAAAAUUUAAAAAUAGAAAAUAAAAAAGGAGUAAGAAAUACUUUCAUGAAUAAUAUUAUUACCAAUUCAUUUAACCCUAAUUUAAACUAUUCUAAUGAUUUCGAUUUAACUAAUUCACCAAGUAGUAGUAACAGUAGUAUGAACAAUCAUAAACAUGAUAUGGAUAGAAAAAAAAAAAAAAAAAAAUUUAACUAUAUGAGCGUAAAUGAUAGUGUAAAUAAUAUAGAAAAUAGAAAUUCUAUAAAUAAUAAAAUAUCGAAUUAUUUAAAUGAAGAUCAAGGUGAAAUUCAUAAUCAGCAUAUAAACCGGAACCCUAAUUUGUUUGAAAGGGGUUUUCAAGAAAAAAAUGAAAAUUAUCUAAAUCAAAAUAAUAAUGAAUUGAUUAUGGAAAAUGAUAAUAGUUAUGAUAGUAGCUGUAGUAAUAGUUCUAUAAAUGAUAAUACUACUAGUUUAAGAAAAGAAUCAAAAAAUGAGAAAAGGAACAAGUUAACAUUAAAUCAAAUAAGAACAGAAGAUCUAUUUAUAAAUUCCUAUAUGCCGUACCCACCAGAAAAAUACAAUAAUAUUUAUGAGUUACAUGAAAUUAAGAUUCUAUCUCCUCAUAUUUUAAAAACAAAAUUCCAAAAAGAAGGAAAAACAUAUCAUUCAACAUUAAAAGAUGGAAAGUUAAUUUUACUUUUAGAUUUAGAUAAUACACUAUUACAAGCAACUUCCUUUGCAAAAUUCAAUAUGGAUUUACCUCUUGAGAAUUUUGUUGAUGAAAAUGGAGAAGCGCAGUUAUAUAAAUUUUAUUUACCAUCAUAUAAUUUUUUUUAUUACUUAAAAUUCAGACCAUAUGUUCGUCAGUUUUUACAAAUUUUAUCUUUAUAUUAUGAGUUAUCAGUUUAUACAAAUGCAACAAGAGAAUAUGCCGAUGUAGUAAUAGCAAUACUAGAUCCUGAUAGAACAUUAUUUUCUGAUAGAAUUGUUGCUAGAUGCAGUUCAGCAGAUAGGGAUGAGAAUAAACAUUUUUCAAGAAUUUAUCCAAAUAUAGAUUCAAAAUAUGUAAUAGCUUUUGAUGAUCGAAAAGAUGUUUGGUCUGAUAUACCGCAAUCUCAUAUAUUAAAAGCAGAACAUUAUAACUUUUUUGAGUUAAGUAAAUAUGAUAUUUUGUCACAUUUUAAAGAAGCAUCUACCUGUAAAAAAAAAUUUUUAGAUAUGGACAUGCACUUAUAUUAUAUGACAAAAGUUUUUCUAAAAUUACAUAAAAAGUUUUUCGAGAAACCAUUAGAAGUAGAUGUAGGAAAAUUGAUAGAAGAAAUUAUGUCAGAUACGUUAAAGAACGUAGGGGUAUAUUUUACAGGUUUUAGAAAAAAUUCAAAAAAUGCUCAAAAUGUAUUAUCAGCGGAUUGCGAAGAAAGACAAAAGGAAAUGGCCUUAGAAUUAGGAGCAAAAAUAUAUACUAAUUAUGAUUUACCAGGUGUUACUCAUAUAGUUGCUGCUAAAAAUUGUACAGAUAAUUUGAUAAAAUCAAAAAAAUCCGAUUAUAAUCAUAUAUACAAAGUUCAUACACUAUGGCUUUAUCACUGUAGAGGUACUCUUGAAAAUGUAGAUAGCUCAUAUUUCGAUGCUGAUGAACUUUGUAAGAUUUAUAAUAAUAAGCCACCAAUGCACCCAAAAAAAGAUCAUUGGUUUUUUGGUAAUAAACAUUUAAGGAAACAAGAUGAUAUGACUGAUUGUGUUAAAAUUGAAAAUCUAAAAUCAAGGAUUUUCUUAGGAACUGGUGAAUAUACGCAUGAUGCUGUUAUUUUUUCUCCAUUUGAACAGAUUCAUAUUAAGUGGAUUGAAAAGGAGGUGAAAUUAAGACAAAAUUACGAUACUUCAUAUAAUACCAUAUCAAAUGAUAUCAAGAAUAACGACAAAAACCAAAUUAAUGAUGAUUACGCUGAUGAUAACUAUUCAUAUGAUGAUAAUACAGAAGAAGACAAUGAAUAUUCAUCAACAAAUAGUAAAUUGUAA